AUGUCUUCUUCUCAAGCUAGACACACCAUUAAUAUGCCCACUAGUUACGAUCUUCAGAACACGGCAGCAGCCUUUGUGCGCGAAUACACCUCAGCUGUACAACAACAACAACAACAGCAACAACAACAACAAAUUCAACAGAUCCAACAGAUCCAACAAAUUCAGCAGGUUCAAGCUCAAGUGCAAGCACAAUCCCAACAGUAUGCAAAGACUUUACAGUCAUAUCAAGCACACCUGCAACAACAGCUUCCUCCUUUGAUGCAACCACCGCCCUCACCCAACACCCUCUCUUACUACUACCAUCAAGAUCGAGGCUGGCUACGACUUGAGCGAUCCGGAAGCGUAGACGCCUACCAUCAUGCAGAGCUUCAACGAGCAUUAGCUCGAGGAAGCGCUUCUGAUCAUCAAUAUUUGGAUAGCAUCUUGAAUGCCGCUGGUACGGCACCAUAUGAAGACACCCAGUCAGCAUUGCAGCAGUCUACUCAAGGCGCACACUCAAUAUACUAUCAUAAGGAUCUACAAAAGCCAGAUCGAGUUCUCUAUGCACCACAGCAGGCUUUUCGGGCUCAAGCAGGACAAACCUCGAUCCAUGACUACAUACAACAUAGGAGCCAGAUUCCAACCCAGUUAGAGCCGCAGCAAGUACAAUACCGACAUCGACAGCACCAACAUCAACUUCACCAGCACCCGCAUCCUCGACAAACCUCCGGCAUUUACCCUCAUGUACAACAAUCCCAACAUCAACACUAUUCUGGCGUCUUACCAGCGUAUCAACAGCAAGUCUUAUCUCACGCCCACGUACCUGUGCAGUACCAGCCUACUCAUGCUCAACUUCAACUCCAGCAACAACAGCAAAUUCAACAUGCGAUUCAGCAGCAACAGCAUCAGCAACAGCAGCUGCAGCAGCGUUUAUCUAGUGGAAGCCAACAGCAAGCGGCUCAAUAUCAGUUGCACGCAUCGCUUGAACAGCAACUUGCACAUAGCCGACAAGCCGGAUUUGAUCAAGUGUCAAUGAAUGGCUAUGUUCAGCUUGUCCCAUCGGCAGCGCACCUACAGUAUCCAACGCAGAGCACUAAUCAACAGCUUCAACUGCAACAGCAAGCUCAGUUACAUGCUCAGGCUCAAGUUCAAGCCCAACUGCAGCAACAGCAACUUCAUCAGCAAAUAUUGUAUGCUCAUCACGCUCAAGCACAGGAGCAACAUCAGCAGCAGGCGAUACAACAACACCACCAACAGCAACUUGUAAAGUCUACGGCCAGCAUUGACUCGGGACCAAAGACAAUUGUCAAAAUCCAAAUGCCGCGUGUGAUGUUUGAGUUGGAUGUUCAGGUGCAAUAUGCAGACGGCUCGAUUCAUCAUGAGAAAAUUGAUCCGACAAAGCCUGAAUGGAGAGAUGCAUUACUGGCACAUGCUCAUACAUUGUACGCUACAGAGGCAGCUAAUCCGACAUCUGACUCUCAGCUUGUAUCAAUCCUGGAAAUGAUUCAUCAAAUCCAUCCAUCCCAUCUGCCAACGCUUCUUUUGCUUGCUUGUGUGCAUUAUACUCAACGUAAUUACGGAAAGUCACUCGAGUAUAAUCAUGCCAUCCUGACCAAGGAUCCAAACUAUGUGGAGGCAAUGAGUAACAUUGGUACGACUUUGCGAAGCAUGGGACGGCAGUCUGAGGCCGAAUCAUGGUGGUGGAAGGCCGUUCGACUGAGACCUGGAUAUUGGGACGCCGUCGAGAAUUUGAUUGGGGUUUUGUGCUCAGGAUACGGUGUUUCAGAGUCUCAGGCCCAGACACCCAAGGAGGCCUCAACUAGCGAGGCUGUGGCUUCUGAAACAGAGUCAUCAAAGCCAAAAACUGAAAAGCCAGCAACCGUUCAGCAACCUCCUAGAUAUAAGGAGGCGCUCAAGAUCUGUGAGUUCGUAGAGGUAAACGUUCUACCAGAUCCUUCUGACCCUACAGGAGAGCAGCCACCACCGCUUCCGAUUCAACAUACUCCAAGGCUCCAGAAUUUACUCUAUGCUAAAGGCAACCUCAAGUAUGCUCUUGGUGAUGUUGCCGGUGCACGCCGAGAGUACGAACGAAGUUUGGAGAUUGUGUUUGGCCCAGGUAUUGGGGCAAUGCAAGUGGUGAAUGAGCUUAUGUGCUUGACCAGAAUGAGUGCUGGCUACCCUCGGCCUACACCUCGUGAGCUUGAUGGCGCCAUGCUGCUACUCCGCCCCGAAGAGGCUCUUCAAGUCACACAGGUUGUAUUUCGUGACACUGGUGGUAUCCUUCCGGGGUUGGCUGCUCUAGCAGCGUCUUGUAAUGAAUCUGGAGUUUCAAGUACUCAGAAUGGAGUAAGCACCUCGCUUUGGCAACAGGCUAAUCAGACCACUAGCACUAUCCUUUUGACUCUGGCCAAGCUCUUCCAGGAUGUUAUGGAUCAACCUGCCAAGGCGAAGGAACUAGCUGGGGCUGACAAUUUUAUUCCAACCAUGUCGAUACUGCUGCCGCUAUACUAUCUCAGUUUGGCUUUAAACCCAUCGCCUUCGACUUGCAACAAUUUAGGGAUCUUAUUAAGCUCAAUCCCACCCACAGCAAAGAUCUUUUCGUAUCCAGCUCCUGCUCAACCUAUGCAGCUUCAGAUCCAGGCAAAUGGUUUGGUCAUUCCUACUCAAGCUGCGCCAGCAUAUCCAAUCACUGGACAAGCACUUGCUCUUCAGUUCUACAAUUAUGGUCUUCAGCUUGAUCCACGUCAUCCUCAUCUUUACACUAACCUGGGAUCUUUGCUUAAGGACAUGGGACAAUUGAAUGAGGCCGUCGCAAUGUACGAGAAGGCGGUGGAGUGCAACCCUCGCUUUGAUGUGGCCUUGGCCAACCUCGGUAACGCAGUCAAAGAUUUGGGUAAAGUUCAAGACAGUAUCCAGUGGUACAAGCGUGCUGUGGAGAUCAAUCCCAACUUUUCUGAAGCUGUCUGUGGAUUGGUUAAUGCGCUGGGUGGCGUUUGUGACUGGCGUGGAAGAGGCGGAGUUGGUGCCGUGAGCGUUAGUGCCUCCGGCCGAUUAGAGAUUAUAAAUGUUUCGUCAAUAGAGAAGCGACCGACCUCUGGUUUUAUGGGUAAAGUUUCCGAAAUUGUUGAGAAGCAGCUAACAGAAGGGGCUGUCUGGGGCAUGGGAUUGGUAAGAGUAUUCCGUCAGCAGUUGUGGCAGGUGAUCUUACGCGCAUUUCUGGAUUCAGACCCCUGUCAUCGCGAUGCAGCCCUUUGGCAGGCACGAUUGGAUGGUUGGGCUAGUCGUACAGAUAUAAAGGAUCGUCGAAAUGAAGGCGGUUGGAUUAUUCGGCUAAUAGAGAGGGCAUCGAGGCGUCUUCAACGUAAAUGGUAUUUGGAAAAGUAUAGUCCCAAUUCAACGCGAACCCGACGUCCUAGCUCGGAAAUCAAGGAGCAAUAUCAGCGACCAAUGCUUCCUCAUGGAAUGGCUCCUCCUCCAGUACCAACCGUCCUUCCAUUCCACACUUUCACCUAUCCCCUAAGCGCUCGACAGGUUCGCCUGAUUUCACAUAGGAAUGCUCUUCGGAUUACACAUGGAACUUUGGGAUCUAAUUGGCUACCAAGUACUGUGUACCCUCCCCCUGCACCGCCCUCCCCACGUCUCAAGAUUGGUUACAUUAGCAGCGAUUUCAACAACCAUCCGCUAUCGCAUCUGAUGCAGAGUGUUUUUGGUAUGCAUGACAAGACUCGCUUCGAAGUUUUCUGUUAUGCAACCACCCCAGCCGAUCAAACACCCUAUAGAGUUAAGAUUCAAAGCGAAGUUGAACAUUUUAUCGAGGUUUCCACCUGGAGCACCCAGGCAGUUGUCGAACGGGUUGUUGAAGAUGGCAUUCAUGUGCUCGUCAAUCUGAAUGGGUACACCAAAGGUGCUAGGAACGAGAUUUUUGCAGCACGACCUAGUCCCGUUCAGGUAUCCUUUAUGGGUUUUGCUGGGACAUUGGGUGCUGGUUGGUGCGACUAUAUUGUUGCUGAUCCUGUAGUUUGCCCACCCGAGAUGGUGACGGGAGUCGCAUGGAAGAGAAAACAACGAAAUUUCAUCCUUGAGAACCCCACUCGUGUCAAUGGAGAGUCAGUUCGAGGAGGCACGGGACCAAAGAGACGACCUAGUACUGAUGCCGAAAAAGACAUUAAGGUGGAGCAAGGUUCUACCAACCCCUUGACACCAAACAUACUAUCCUUCUCCCAUCAGAAUUUCUCUGAUUUUGAGGGUGAAGUGGAUCCCGAAGAUAACGGCGAUGACUGGGUCUACACAGAAAAGUUUAUAUACAUGCCUCAUAGCUAUUUUGUCAACGAUCACCGGCAAGGCUUCCGUGAGGAGGAGAAGGAAAAGGAAAAGCGAUUGCUUAUGGCGACUGAGCCUCAUUUAGCUAUGAGUCCUGAGUGGAAUUGGGUUUUGGAGCAAGACCGACGAUGGCAGAUGCGUAAGGAAUUAUUCCCUGGCCUUGCCGAGAAUACCGUCAUUUUUGCCAACUUUAACCAGCUAUAUAAGAUUGAUCCACUAAUUUUCAAAGUGUGGCUACAGAUUUUGGCUCGAGUGCCCAACUCCAUCCUCUGGCUACUACGAUUCCCUGCUGCUGGGGAGCCUCAUUUGCUUCGCACGGCCAACGAAUGGGCUGGCCCUUCAGUCGCAUCACGUGUAAUUUUCACAGAUGUGGCGCCUAAGCAGGUUCACAUCCAUCGUGGUCGUAUUGCGGACCUUUUCUUGGACACUCCUGAAUGUAAUGCUCACACAACUGCUGCAGAUAUUCUAUGGAGCGGCACUCCGAUCCUCACGUUCCCAAAGUAUGCUCAUAAGAUGUGUUCUCGGGUUGGUGCCAGCAUUGCUUAUGCCACUGGACACGGCAACGAGAUGAUCGUUAACACUGAGGAGGAAUACGAAGACCGAGCAGUUAGCUUUGCGCAGGGUUGCCGGUGGGAGUAUGUGGAAGACAAUGUUCUAAAAAGUAGGCUUGGUCUUACUAACUCUAUGGUAGCUGGCACUGGAACAACAAACGGCAUUAACCAUGCACAGAUCAUGAAGAAUACUUCCAGCACUUCAUUGACGCAACCAUUGCACACACCUGAUUCAGUGAACGGAGCAAUGAGCCAUAUUGGCGCCAUAAAUGGAAAUAGUGCCCCUGUAGUGCAUUCUCAACUAUUGCAGCAACAACAUCAAAUGGCAAUAUACACACAGCAACAUCCAAUGCAACAAACACAUCAGCCUUUGGUACAAUCCCAACAAUCCGUUGUCCAUUGGAUCGGCCAUGGCCCACUGAUUGAACUGCGAAGGAAAUUGUGGGAGAAUCGAGACCGAUCUUUGCUCUUUGAUACCUUGCGGUGGACACGAAACUUGGAGAAAGGCUUUUGUGAGGCUUGGAGGCGUUGGGAGAGCGGUCAGGAAUUCGAUGAAUUAGUGGAGAACUCUGCGUUAGGCCAUGCUGUAGGCAGUCAAUCACGACGAUCUGGAGGAAACAUCGUUGUGGAAAAUGACGGAGAUAUGCAUAUGACGCCUCCGAUAGCAAAUGGACACGUACGAGCGAAUGGGGUUGGAAACAAUUACGGAAGUACUUCCAAUAGCACUGAGACUAACAAUAACAAUGGAAGUAGUAGUGGAGUUGGUGCUCACGACAUGAUAGCGAAGGUGUCUGCUUCAUCUGAUUCAGGAAUAACAAGGCAGUCAUUUGAGGCAACAGGUAUCAACAGUAACAAUGGUAGUUAUAGUAAUAGUGGCAUGCAUGGCCCUUUAACUGGCUCUUCAGCGGCAACAUCGACAACGGCGUCCAUUCACCCUCUUUAUGUCCCGCCACCUCCAGCUAACUCAGGCACUAUUGUGUCAGAGGCUUUAUCGUCGUCACCAACUCGGGUAACGCUCACAAAGAGGCAUUCAUCGACUAAUGGCUAUGGAGCAUACAAGUCUAGUUCGAAUGGCAGUGCAGGCACUUUUAGCGGCUAUGGUAUCCCUGAAGGUCAGAUUGAUCCGGGUCAGCAUGGAGAGCCAAGACGGGCGAGUAAUGGCGGAGGGAUUAUGAUGAAGACUCGAGUCGAGCGGCUAGACCAACAGAUUCGUAGGCCAGAUGUUGGCUGUAUCUUUGUUCGCGAUGAAACCUCAGCAUUUGUUUGA